AUGCGAGGAGCUUGCGGGGUAGGGAGGGGCGCGGGGAAGAUCCGCGCAGGCGGCUUUAGCACGUCGGACGACACGUGGCUCCCCGUGAACGAGAACUACCCGUUCCUGAACGUGGAACUGCAACGGGAAGAUCCCGAGUCUCAUCUCAACGUCUACAAGAUCCUCGUGGCCCUUCGAUCGACGAACGCUCAUCUCUACGGCGAACUGGACUUCCCUAAUGCGGUCAACACUGAAGACAUCUUCGUCUUUACCAGGAUGUAUCCCGUGGAGGGAGAGGACGCGUACAUUAUCGUGGUGAAUUUCGGCGAGGACCGACAGGUUUUGAAUCUGAAUUCGAUCCAGAACUUGGGCGGAUCCGGUGUGGUUCUGGCUAGGAGCGGUCACGAAACCGAACCCGGGACCGAACACGGAUCCACCGUGGACUUCAACGCGGUGCCGAUCGGAUCCAAAGUCGGCCUGGUCAUCUCCUCUCCCUUCCUCGUCGAGACGUGAUCCUUCUCGAAUGCAAAAAUUGAAUUUUGAAUAAAACGCAUAUAAAUAGA